AAAUGAAACAUCUGUCAUAAAAUUAAUACAUCACUAAAUUGUCAAAAUACCCUGUGUUUGGUACAUCCUAUUGAAAUAAUAAUUUAUGAAAAAUUAUGUAUAUAUAGUCAGUCAUACUCAGUCACAUGGCGUUUCUGAAAAUUGUGGAACAGGUAUUCAAAAAUCCACUCUUAGUAAGUCAAGCUUUUCAAGUAUCUGGUUUACUGGUUACAGGAGAUCUAAUAGGACAAGUAUUUAUUAAUAAAAAGAAAUUUCGGGAGGUAGAUUAUAUUAGAACUGUACGAGUUGGUGUCCUAGGUGCAACUAUAAUUGGAACUACUGUAUCAUCAUUUUUCAAAAUUCUGGCACUAACCGUAGACGAAAAAAACAAAUAUGUGGGCAUCAAGAAAAUGUUAAUUGACCAAUUAAUUUUUGUCCCAUUCAUAUUUUUACCGCUAUUCAUGAUAAGUGUGAACGUAUACGUGAACUGUAACUCAUGGAAACAGACUAAAGAAGAAAUGAAGAAUAAAUAUUUUAGCAUUUUAUUGACGAAUUACAAGAUAUGGCCGCUUGUGCAAACCCUCAAUUUUAGUUACGUUCCAAUUCCCUAUCAAGUAUUUGUCACGCAAUCAGUAGCUGUGCUCUGGAAUACGUAUUUAAUUUGGAAAACAGUGAAUGUCCGCAAAGAAGAGAGUAAACAAAAAGUUGUAAUGUAAUAAAGGACGUAAAGAAAAUGUC